UAAGGCGCUUUGUAGAGUCACAGAGAGGCCGAAUCUUCAGCUGAUCGUCAGUGAUUCUCAUCUGAGCACCACCGACAUCCUCAUCCAGCCGAUUCGCGCUGAUCUUUGGGACAAUGAGUCCCUUGCAAUCAGACAUCGGUCUAAAUAACACGCAGAUGUCAGAACUGUUUUUUAAAGCAUCUUUGGCCGUGUCGCACCUUGUAGCGCGAGGAUGAUGCCUGGAGCUCGCGCGUCUCUGGAUGUAGCGCAUGCAAAUUGAUGUGUGUGCUCGCGCGUGUCCUUGAGUUGAGCACCACCAGCUUGGGAUGUUUCUCCUUCUCACAGCCGAUUGUAUCUUGAAACGAAGGCACAUGGCGAUAAAAUAAGAGUUUAUGUGUAUUUUUGCUCUUGUAUGCGCUGGAGAACACCGCUGGCGCGUCGCCUGUAAUGGAGGAGACGAGAUGAGAAAGUGAAGGCGUGCUUGGAGAGCAGUCUUUAUUUGUGUUGUGAAUCAUCUGUGUUACUGUGAAGAUGCCGAGGAGUUUACGCAGAAUGGUGCACCUGGUGCUCUUCUGUCCCCUUUCUAAGGGUUUACAGUCCCGUUUACCUGCAGUCAAGGUCAAGUACCUGUUGGUGGCGUGGUUUGGGAUUCUGGUGGCCAGCUGGGUGAUCUAUAUGCAGUAUUCCUCUUAUUCAGAGCUCUGCAGAGGACAUGUUUGUACCAUGCUCAUUUGUGAUCACUAUCACAGAGGUAUUAUCUCGGGAUCAGUUUGCAAGUCUCUCUGCAAGGAGAAAACUCUGUCUCUUCAACGAUGUCUUUCAGUGACACCAACCUACCAGGUAUACAGUGCUGUGUGGAAGGAGAAAGCUGUACUGGUAAAGUGUGGGAUUGAAGAGAGCAUGAGAGGAGAAAACGGUCCUGACUCUCUACGGCAUGACAACAGGCUCUACGAUAAACCCACCCGCGGAACAUCCAUGGAUGAAUUCAGAGCGAUGCUGCAUUCCUUUCUCAAGGACAGUGUUGGUGAGCAGUCAUCUCUUGGCACACUUGUAAAUCGUGUCAUUUCUCUGGCGGAUGUCAAUGGCGAUGGCAAAGUUUCGCUAGCGGAAGCGAAAUCCGUGUGGGCUUUGCUUCAGAUCAAUGAAUUUGUAUUAAUGGUGGCACUGCAAGAUAAAGAACAUGCUCCCCGCUUGCUGGGGUUCUGCGGAGACCUUUACGUGACUGAACAUGUAGCACACAGCGCCCUCUUCAGGUUGGAGGUGCCCAGUUGGCUGCAGCCAGUGUUUCCUGAGGCACUGAGUGUCGCUCUUAACCAGUGGCUUGCUCCUGCGUGGCCCCGUAGGGCUCGGAUCACCAUCGGCCUGUUAGAGUUCGUCGAAGAGGUAUUCCAUGGUGUACAUGGAAGCUUCUACAUAUGUGAUGCAAGCCCAAGACGGGUCGGCUACAAUGAGAAAUAUGACUUCAAAAUGGCAGACCUUCAAAGCGUAGCAUCGGAGGCAACAGUCAAGGGGUUCCUGCGAGGGAGGACUUGCGAGGCAAACGCCGACUGCACUUACGGGCGGGAUUGUACCGCAACGUGUGAUCGAUUGGUAAGGCAGUGCAACGUGGAGGUGGUGCAGCCCAACUUGGCCAAGGUCUGCGCGCUCCUGCAAGACUUCCUGCUUUUCGGAGCACCAUCAAACCUGAGGGAGGACCUGGAGAAACAGUUACGCACCUGUGUGACUCUCAGUGGACUGGCCUCGCAGAUGGAGGUGCAUCAUUCCCUUGUUUUGAACAACCUCAAAACAUUACUGUGGAAGAAGAUCUCAAAUACCAAAUACUCUUGAGACCAACAUGAUUAUCAAGAGAAAGGCAAAGAAGAGCAAGAGAAUUGGAGACUUCUAAAGAACAAAAGUGGGAUCAGUACAGUAGGUUCUGGGGCGCCAUCACAAUAGCUGAACUCAGCCACUACAGACUGCAAAUUCGUCGAACAUCAAUUGCAAACAUGGAAAGUUGGUGAAUUGAAGUUUUGAAAGGGCAUACACUACAUCCCCACCCUCUGUUUUACUUCAACAACUCAGAUGAAGAACCUUGAACAUUAUAGAAACACAUAUAAAACACUUUUUUUUCUUUGCCCAAAAGGUUCAAGGGGAAGACAUUUUUCUGACCAUGCAACUCCUUCCCAAACGAGUUCUUUUUGGUGAACUUUUGGUUAGGGAUCUGGGCUGCAAGCACAAGGAUUGUAGGGCUAGUUUCUAGUAGAAAAACCCAAGGAAAGAGUUUCCAAGAGGACGGUCUUGCUCUAUAUCCCCAUUUUCUUUUACUUUAGUGACUCAAAUGAAAAUCCUUUAAUGCUAAUAGAAAAACCUUCGGAACAAUCUUUUUCUUUUUGCUGAAAUAACCAAGGUUAAGAAAGACUUAAUUUGAAAAAACCAACUGUAGGGUGUUUCUUUGAACAUGUAUCCUUUUCACAUAUGAUAUAUUGUGUUCUGCUUGGUGUAAUUGUGGGUAAGGAUCUGGGUUGCAUUCACAAGGAUAAUAGGGUUAGUUCCAAGAAGUAACCCAUGGAAAGGAGACUUUCAGACAGGACAGUCUUGCUCUACAUCCCUACCCUCUAUUUUACUUAAAAGAAUCCCCUGAAGACCCUUUAGCCCUAUAGAAACACCUUCAGAAGAAUCUCUUUCCAUUGGCUGAAAAGUCCAAGGUGAAGUAAGGAACAAAGACAACUAGAGGACAUUUAUUUGACCGUGCAACCCCUUCUCAAAUGAGUCCUUCUUGGUGAACUUCUGGUUAAGGAUCUGGGCUGCAAGCACAAGGAUAGUAGGGUAAAUUCCAAGAAGUCACCCAAGGAAAGAGUAUGGUCUGGCUCUACAACCACAACACCCUUAAGCAAGACAUGCAACGUUUGGUUGAAACAGCAGGAUUGUUCCUGGAACACUACUCUUGAAGGAUAAACUAUAGCCACACCUAUUUUGACUUUCACUACAGAAGAAAUGUAUCUUUAGCUAUGUUUGGAAGCACCCUAACUUUGAAGUCAGGAAGUGUUGGGACUGUAAACCAAAACAUCCAACACAACCAAGAAGUCAACACUGAAUUAAUUAAAUGGGAACGAGUGAAAGCUAUAUAUUAUGUCUUUUUACAGGGUGUAUGUUGUGUUAAGUCUGUGUGCUUGUUCUAGAAUGAUGUUUCACAGGAAGCACUUUUUCAAGCAGUCUGGAGAGUUUGUGGUUGGAUUUGUACUUGAACUGUGAGAUUACCUUCUGUGUUUCUCAGGGUUUGUGUUUAUGUCUGAAUGUGUUUGGAAAGAAAAUUACUAUUAAAGGGGUUAGUUCAACCAAAAAAAAAAAAAAAAAAAAUUAGGC